CUGGCGCCGCUGCCCAGGGCAACCGAGACGCAGCGAGGCCGGAUGGCGGGCAGCAGCGGCGGGGCUGGAGACCGUGCGCAGGAAGAAGGCCAAGAUCAAGAUACCGUAACUGGAGAGAUUACAGCUUGGAAUUUUCUUUCUGAGACCCAAAUAUGUGUUUUGUCUAAAGAAAAUAUAGAAGGGGUUCAAAAAAAACUGGAAGAGUUCCUGAAUUUUAAGCAACUAAAAACAUCUUUGAAAGAAGCUGUCAUACUAGACUACUAUCUGUUGGGAUUUUGGUGGGCUAAAGAAAUGAAUUUCAAUCUUACUCAACUCUCAGGAUUCAUGGCUCUAUUAAACUUUUUGUUGGAAAACCUCAGCAACAAACAUAUGACAGUAGAAGACAACGUAAAAGAGCUUGGGAGAACAAUGGUUGGAAUAGGAGAACCUCAUUCAGGAAAAAGUGGUGACUUAGAUUUCUUCAGUGUUGAUCAAGCCAAGGCUGUAAUCAGUUACUUGAAAAUCAGCUUAUUACAACACUAUAAACUAUAUGAGUAUCUCUUCCACAGUCCCAGGGAAGAACUUGUGAUAGGGGAUGAGGCAAAGCAAACAAAACAAGUCCAGUCAGCAUGAGUCAUCCUUUGGUAAAUUCCUGCAUGGAUGUACUGAGGAUGGAAAAACUACUUAUUCAAGGUGGGAAAAUUAUUUCUUGGCUUCAGAUGUGGAGUUCAGUACUUGCCUAAUCCAAUCAAAUGUGGACCAGUGAAACUAUGGAGCUAUAUAUUACUGGACUGCUGUUAUGUGAUUAGUGUUGUAACAAAAUAAACAGUGUUUGCACACACUACUGCUGACAACUGGUACAACAACUGCAAAUCCUCUGAAUCAUUAUAUUUCUAGGGGAAUAUGGAUUUAUUUCAGUAUCGUCUCCAAAUGGAGACACAGAGACAAAUUUGUUAUAUGAGUUGCUUCAAGUAAGAUGACAAGUUUGUGCAAGAACUGGAAAUAGUAACUAUAUUUCAUAACUAAAAGUCCAGUAUUCUAGGCACUUCACAUGAUUUUUCAAAGGAACAUUGUUUAUUAUGGCAACAAAUCAGAAAUCAGAGAAUUUUGUAACAGUCCUUUUUAGGGAAGCUGAAUUCUUACUUUCAAUAAGAACCUUGGAGUAUUGAAUGAUACACCCACUGAAGUUUAUUUUUUUCUAAUACAAACAGUUGCAUAAUAUUCUUGAUCAGAAUAUCCAUUUUGAUCUUUCACUGAAGUUAGUGCCAAAUCACUAUAUUAUUUCCUGCCUGGAACAAAAUCAGGCUAAAAAUGAAAGUAACUCAAUAUUAGAUUAUGUACAGUAUCAUUAGUCAUUCCAGUAAAAAUUUCAAUUGUAUAAACACAUCUCUUAAUUAGUGGACCAUCACAAUCUGAUUGAUACCGUAGUGUACCUUAGCUUGGUCAAAUAGCAUAACUGAGCUGACAUUUUAGCUUAGUAAAAAGAACAGACAGCAUUUGGAUAGGUUCAAAAUACACAUAUAAAAUACCGUAUUUACUUUCAUACCCUAAACACCUUUUCCCCAAAUAUCAGCCCCUGCAGAAAUGGCAUGCUUCUUCAGCAGGGAAGCUCUUUUCUACCCUGAAUAGAAGUGCCCAGCUUUGAUUUCUGGUUUGCCAGGCAGCAGCAGCAGCAACAUUUCUAUUCAGGCAACUGAGGGAGUCAGUUGACCUAAUAGCUCAAGAUUAGGCUCUGUCCCUUCUUUAUGCAACCAUAACUGGAAAAGUCUCUUCCACACCUUCAUUCUGCCCUCUGAAAAACAAGGUGUGUGUUUUGGGAGUAUGUUGUAUGCAAGAAACUACAAUAGAUGCAUAUUGAAAUAGAAUUUUACUUCAGUUAAAACAUUUUUGGCUAAGGUGCUCCUGUUGUUUAGGAAUAUAAGCUUAAAAUUGAAACCAACCAAUUCAUGAAGUAGUUACGUUAGAUCCAUCCUGGCAAGCUUUUAACUAAAAAUUGCUAAUCUGUUACCAAUCUCCCUUCUUCCACUUUAUUCCAAUUUUAUUUCAGCUCUUAAAAGCUGAAUAUAUCUUUUGAUGAACAUAACACGUGAAAUACAGAGGAUAAAGCUAGCAACGUAAAUCCCUUUGCUUGUUUUUCUAACUAAUUUUAUGGAUGUUUCCUACAAUUAAUAGCAUUCUUGUUGAAUUGUGGCUUUCCUACUUAGAAAGAAGUAUCGAGUAAGAUAAUGGAUCUUGGCUAAAAAGCUUCAUUUAUUUCAGUUUAAUUGACUGACAAAAUGAUAGCUCUACAGAUUUUCUAGGCUUGAAAUUCAGAACUUGGAGGCAUGUAAAUGUGAGCUUUAUUCACAUAUGUGGCAAUUGUACUCACAAAUUGACAUUUGUUCAUGGAAAUAUAUAAUGUACACAUUAAAAUGUAUUGCUUAUUUACAAAUUAGUGCCCUGAUUCUGUUGUGAGCAUUGUGCCCUUCAUAGAUAGCUCAUGCAGGAUCAGAUCCUUAGCAUGCAGAAGCAAAACUUACACCAACCUAACCUACAGCAUUUCUUAAAGAGGAAUUACCUUAAUAAAAUCAUUUUUCACCUGUA